AUGUCCUCGGACACGGUCACAUUCACAGCACCCCUCUCCCAAGGGUUCGGCUAUGGCAUCAUCAUUGGUCUGGGGUUUGCUUUUGCCCUGCUGAUGAUCUUCAUCACCUGGGCCCUGAAGCGAUACCAGCAUGAAGUGCAGACGUCGGAGAUGUUCUCAACUGCAGGAAGAUCCGUCAAGUCGGGUCUGGUUGCUGCGGCAGUCGUCAGUAGUUGGACAUGGGCUGCUACUCUUCUUCAGUCGACCACAGUGGCCUAUGAAUAUGGCGUCUCGGGUCCUUUCUUCUACGCUUCAGGUGCUACGGUUCAGAUUAUCUUGUUCGCUACAUUGGCCAUUGAGCUCAAGCGGAGGGCUCCAAAUGCGCACACCUUCCUCGAAGCCCUUCGUGCUCGAUAUGGAACCGUCGUGCAUGUCGUAUUCAUUGUCUUCUGCCUGAUGACCAACACCCUUGUCACUGCCAUGUUGCUUACUGGUGGUUCUGCCGUCCUGACGUCUCUCACGGGAGUGAAUACAGUUGCAGCCUGUUUCCUCCUGCCGAUUGGUGUCGUGCUCUAUACCCUGUUUGGUGGUAUCAAGGCUACAUUCCUUACCGACUACAUGCACACAGUUGUCAUCAUUGUGGUCAUCUUCAUCUUCUCCUUCUCUGCCUACGCGACUAGCGACAAGCUUGGAUCUCCCGGUGCCGUUUAUGAUGCACUGGUGGCAGCAUCGACACUCCACCCGAUUGAGGGGAAUGCCGAGGGAAGCUACCUUACUAUGAGAUCGAAGGAGGGUGGCAUCUUCUGGGUGAUCAACCUGGUUGGAAACUUUGGCACCGUGUUCCUCGACAACGGAUACUACAACAAGGCUAUUGCCGCGAGCCCCGUGCAUGCUUUCCCCGGAUACGUUAUUGGUGGCCUUUGCUGGUUUACGAUUCCAUGGCUGUGUGCUAGCACCAUGGGUUUGACUGCUCUCUCCCUGGAGGGUGCUCAGCGCUUGAGCUCGGACGAUGUCACAGCUGGUCUUGUCUUGCCAUUUGCUGCAGUGAAGCUUCUCGGUUACAGUGGCGCGGUAUGCACGACGAUCAUGAUCUUCAUGGCUGUCACCUCUGCCUUCUCCGCUCAGUUGAUUGCCGUUUCGUCGAUCUUCACCUACGAUAUCUACCAGGCCUACGUCAACCCAUCUGCCAAGGGAAAGACUCUCGUUUGGGUCUCGCACAUGUCUUGCGUCUUCUGGGCAGUUGUCAUGGCUUCGUUUGCGACAGGCCUUUACUACGCCGGCAUCGGUAUGGGCUAUCUCUACCUGCUAAUGGGCGUCAUCAUUUCCUCUGCCGUCUUCCCAGGCGCAAUGUCUCUCAUCUGGAAGCACCAAAACUGGAUCGCAGCUGCAGCCUCGCCACCCCUCGGGCUUGCCGUGUCUCUCAUCGCCUGGCUUGUCACAGCCAAAAAGGAAUACGGUAUCUUGACCGUAACAACCACCGGCGCGAACUAUCCCAUGCUCGCCGGCAACGUCGCCGCUCUUCUAAGCCCCGUCAUCUUCUCCCCCAUCCUAACCCUCAUCUUCGGCUCCCAAAACUACGACUACGAAUCCAUGCGAGCCAUCCGCCGAGUCGACGACACCGACGUUGCCGCCGCCGCCCACGUCGACCUCGAACUCAUCCCCGGCGAAAUCAACACCCAGACCGCCGCCCAAGAGGAAGAGGAAAUGCGCAAACUCAACCGCGCGGCCCUGUAUUCACGCACCCUGACCAUUGCCAUGGUCUUUUGCUUCCUUAUCCUCUGGCCCAUCCCGAUGUACGGUACCUCGUACGUCUUCAGCAAGAAGUUCUUCACCGGGUGGGUUGUCGUCGGUCUUAUCUGGCUCUUUGGCACGACCUUUGGUGUGGUGAUCUUUCCGCUGUAUGAGGGACGGGCUAGCAUCGUCAGGACGGUCAGGAUGAUGGCUAUGGAUUUGAUGGGCAAGGGACGAGGAAAGGCGAUUAUGGGGGAGAUGACUAGUGAGAAUGUCUCGGGGGUUCAGACUCCAGUUGUCGAGAAGGAGAUGAUGACUAAAUGA